AUGGGUCAGUCUUCUUCUAAACCUGAUGCAAAGGCUCAGGGGAUGGCCUCUAGCUUUGAUGACUUCUUCAAGAAUUUCAAGAUGGAAAGUAAAAUCAUUUCCGAGGAGACCAUCGAAUCAAUUCAGUCGCGUAUGCAGGAAGGAGACAUGCAGAAGGCGAUUUCUAUAAUCAGCACUGCCUUGACAGACAUUGAGAAAGCCCCCCUGAAUAUCGCUGUGACAGGGGAGACAGGGGCAGGAAAGUCCACUUUGAUUAAUGCCCUGCGGGGCAUAGGACAUGAAGGGAGUGAAGCAGCUAAGAGUGGAGUAGUGGAGACAACCAUGGAGAGGGACAAAUACACCCACCCUAAAUUCCCUAAUGUGGCCAUCUGGGAUCUCCCUGGGGUCGGGUCAGAAAACUUCAAACCAGAAGAAUAUCUGAAGAAAGUCAAGUUUCAGGAGUAUGACUUUUUUCUUAUCAUCUCAGCUUCUCGAUUUAAAGAGAAUGAUGCCCAGCUGGCCAAAGCAAUCAGAAAGAUGAAAAAGAACUUCUAUUUUGUGCGGACAAAAAUUGACUGCGAUUUGUGGUCUGAGAAGAAAAGUAAACCCAGGUCCUUCAAUAGGGAACAACUCCUGGAGACUAUCCGAAACGACUGUGUGAAGCAGCUGCAGAAUCCCGAGGCACCCUCCACUCAUGUCUUCUUAAUAUCCAGCAUUGAGGUAGCACAGUUUGAUUUUCCUAAACUGGAAUCCACCCUUUUGAAAGAGCUUCCAGCUCAGAAGCGUCACAUCUUCGUGCAGUGCCUCCCUAACAUCACGGAGACUGCCAUUGAUCGCAAGAGAGAUGCUCUGAGACAGAAGAUCUGGCUGGAGGCUCUGAAGUGUGGAGCAUUGGCCACCAUCCCCAUGAUGUCCUUCUUCAAUGACGACAUUGAGGAGCUUGAGAAGAUCCUGACGCACUACAGGGCUUGCUUUGGACUGGAUGACGAGUCACUGGAAAACAUGGCCAGGGAAUGGUCCAUGUCUGUGGAGGAGCUGGAGUCUGCCAUUAAGUCACCCCAUUUGCUGUCAAGUGAGAUGAAUGAAUCCGUGGCGGACAAGCUGGUGAAAAUCAUAGAGAAAGUUUUCGCUGCCAACGGUGGACUCAUAGCCACCGGCCUUUACUUUGGAAAGAGUUACUAUAUGCAAAAUUAUCUUCUUGACAUAGUGACCGAGGACGCUAAGGUUCUACUUAAGAAAAGAGUCUUUCUGCAGGACAGCGUGGACUCUGAGUAAGGUUCUAAAGAUGGAGAGAAUGAGGCAGCUGACCUAGGACUCAGGUGACUUUAGUGUUUUCAGGACGCUGGAGAGACAGCUGAAGGUGUACACCCUGGCCAGGUUGUGAUAUCUCCUAGACUUUGUGACCCUUGGGAAAAUAGAGGGAUCAGAAUUAUGCCACAUGGUGGUUAUGUCAUUCCCAACACCAGUCUUGUACAACGUGCUAGUACAAACUUUCUGGGCACAGAGUUUUCAGAAAUAAUUUUCUUUGUGUUUAGACAGGAUCUUACUAUGGAUCUCCUAGAUCUCCUUCUCUACAGAAGACCAGGUUGUCCUUGAACUCACACAGAAAUCCUCCUGCCUCUG